ACAAAUACCCCCAAACGUUGUUUCACUCUCUUCACUUCAACUACUGUCACUGUUUUUCUCUUCCAUAUUUUUUUUUUUAAGGAUCUUCAUUUUCAUGCCCUUCUUCUUCUAGGAUCUUCCAUUUUUUUGUGGGUUGUGUUUGAUUUUUUUUUUCAUUGAAGAAAAUGAAGUUUUCUGUGGAGAAGAAUGUUUCUAACAACCCCACAAAUUUUGAAGGAGGGUUAGAUUCUAGAAAGGUUGGGCAAAACAGAAGAGCAUUGGGUGUGAUUAAUCAGAAUUUGGUUGUGGAAGGACGUCCUUAUCCUUGUGUUGUUAACAAGAGGGCAUUGUCAGAGAGAAAUAAUGUUUGUGAGAAGAAACAAGCGGAUCCGGUUCAUCGACCCAUCACUAGGAGGUUUGCUGCAAAGAUUGCUAGCACAAAAACAUCUAAUGCUGAGGGAACUACCAAAAAGUCAAACUUGGCGAAUUCAAGUUCAAAUGGAUUUGGAGAUUUCAUAUUUGUUGAUGAUGAACACAAGCCAGUGGAGGAUCAGCCAGUGCCAAUGGCUUUAGAGCAAACAGAACCAAUGCAUAGCGAAUCCGAUCGGAUGGAGGAAGUUGAGAUGGAGGAUAUCAUGGAAGAGCCUGUUAUGGACAUUGACACCCCUGAUGCAAAUGACCCUCUUGCAGUUGCUGAAUAUAUUGAAGAUCUUUAUUCUUACUACAGAAAAGUUGAGAGUACUGGCUGUGUUUCACCAAACUAUAUGGCACAGCAAUUUGACAUUAAUGAAAGGAUGAGGGCUAUACUGGUUGACUGGCUUAUUGAGGUGCAUGACAAAUUCGACCUCAUGCAUGAGACAUUGUUUCUCACUGUCAAUCUUAUAGACAGAUUUUUGGAAAAGCAGUCUGUGGUAAGAAAGAAGCUUCAGUUGGUUGGUCUAGUGGCAAUGCUUUUGGCAUGCAAGUAUGAGGAAGUUUCAGUGCCUGUGGUUGGAGAUCUGAUUCUUAUAUCAGACAGAGCAUACACCCGGAAAGAAGUUCUGGAAAUGGAGAAGGUGAUGGUCAAUGCAUUGAAGUUUAACAUAUCUGUGCCAACAGCCUAUGUUUUCAUGAGAAGGUUCUUAAAGGCGGCUCAAGCAGACAGAAAACUUGAGUUGCUAGCUUUCUUCUUGAUUGAGCUAUCUCUUGUAGAAUAUGCAAUGUUGAAGUUCCCUCCUUCUCAACUAGCUGCCGCUGCUGUCUAUACAGCUCAAUGCACUAUGUAUGGUGUCAAACAAUGGAGUAAGACAUGUGAAUGGCACACCAACUACUCUGAAGAUCAACUCUUAGAGUGCUCUAGUUUAAUGGUUGACUUUCACAAGAAGGCUGGGACAGGGAAACUUACAGGGGCACAUAGGAAGUAUGGCACAUCAAAAUUUAGCUAUACUGCGAAAUGUGAACCAGCAAGUUUUCUUCUGGAGAACGAGUCGUAGCUGGCCAUAGCUUAGCUACUAAUGAUUGAAUAACAAAAAAUUAACUUUCAUAAAUGGGUUUAAGAAUGUUGUAAGCAACUUGGGUUGCAAUGGGGAUGGGAAUUUACUAAUUCUAAGGAUUCUGAAAUCCCCACUCAGUGUUUUACUUGUUUGUUCUCUAGUUAUUUCUCUGUAAUGUUCUGAUUGAACAUAGUUUACAUUUACAACUGUAUUUCUGAUGUUCCCAUUGAACAUAAUAAUGGAAAUAUAUAGAAAAUUUUCAAUAAUUCUUGGAGUA